AUGAUGCGCGUUGCAGCAGCAUUAGCUUUAUUUUUGGCACUUGCCAAUGGCCAAAGUACAUUCCGCCUUGCCAAUUACUACAAAAAUGGCACGGUACUUCAAAUGGAACCAAAGGAAGCAGUCAUCUGGGGAUAUGGCACGCCUGGAGCCUCCAUCCAGGUCUUCCGGACGGGCUAUGAAAUCAACGCUUUCGUGGAAUCCGAUGGCACCUGGACUGUGAAUCUUCCUCAAGAGCCAGCAGGAGGGCCUGUUACCUUUGAUAUUAUUCAUGAUAGAACUGAAAGUGUGAGUUUUGACGCUUGGUUUGGCGACGUCUGGGUCUGCAGCGGCCAGAGCAACAUGGAAAUGACAAUCAGCCAAAUCUUCAACAGCACAGAGGAGACGAAUAACGCUCUCAGCUACCAAAAUAUUCGCUUGCUUCAAGUGGAGAGAAUUUACUCGACAGACACUGAACUCGAUGAAGCAGUUUAUUCUAUUGCUUGGGAAACCCCCAGUGCAUCCAAUGUGCCAUAUUUCUCCGCACUCUGCAUGCUCUUUGGCGAACGAUUGUCUCAAGCCCUGGGCAACUCGCGCCCCAUUGGCUUGAUCGACUCUUCUUGGGGAGGAACUGACAUCGAGGCUUGGUUCUCACCUAGAGUUCCUAUCUACUGUCUCACUCCUCCAAAUAAUGGCAUUGACCAAAAUUCGGAAUCGGCUUUGUGGAACGGCAUGAUCGCCCCUCUGACAAAAACCUCAGUUCGAGGAGUCAUCUGGUACCAAGGAGAGAAUAAUGUCAACAAGAACCCCGAUUAUUACUCUUGUCAUAUUACUGCCAUGGUUCAAGAUUGGAAAAAAACAUUUCACCAGGGAAACGUGAGCGCCGAAAACGGCGUCGCUUUUCCUUUUGGCAUUGUGCAGAUCGGACCCACCUUGCCUGGACUUCUUGGCAAUUACAAAUGGGGCUUCCUCCGCUUCCAUCAAACAGCCGACCAAGGCGUCCUGCCCAACGCAUUUUUGCCGGAAAGCUUUUUCGCCACGGCAUACGAUCUGACUGACCGAGAUGCACCUACUGGACAAAUUCACCCUCGAGACAAGCAAACCAUAGCAGACCGUCUGGCUAAGGCAGCACGCAAUUUGAUUUAUGGAGAAAAUUUCCACAGCAAUGGACCCACACCUAUCAAUUCGUAUUUUGCAUCCCCUGGAAUUUUCGUCAUCACCUUUGAUAGAAACAUAAAAAUCGUCGGCACUGACGGUUUUACUUUCCAAAAAACAGAUGGCACGUGGAGUGCAACUUCAAUCGUCAAUGCCAGCGCAAACUCCGUUGACGUAGCCAUUGAAGCAGACGCUGUGCUCCUGACCUACGCCUUCAGGGCCACGGUGUGCGAGUACAAGCAGUGCGCAAUUUAUUCGGACGACGAUGAGGAUCUUCCCGCGCAGGUUUGGAAGUGGGACUUGACACAGUAAAGUUUUUUGAAGAAUAAAUAUUUUUCAAGAG